GCAGGGGCGGACUGACCAUUUGGAAACUUGGGCACUGCCCGAGGGCCCAGGGUCAGUAGGGGGCCCCAUGAGAUGCCUCUGGUACCUUUUUCAUAGGCUUUUUUGAGUUUGGGCAAGGACACAGGGGCCCCAUUAUCCCUAUUGCCCAGGGGCCCCAUGAGUUGUCAUUCCGCCCCUGAUUGACAGUCAUUGAAAUGCCCUCUUGGUGGGCAGUGGGAAGAAUGCUCCUUAUAUUGGUGGUCAAUUGGAAGAAUGCUUCUUACAACAGUGGUCAGCUUUUUUGGGGUGUGGUUCGAGUGUGGGCUAGGACACAGGGGUCCCAUGAUCCCCUAUUGCCCGGGGCCCCA